CUUCCUUUGCUUCCUGUUUAGCUUAAUUUUCUCUUCCGAAACUCAACUUCCAACUCCAUGGAGAAGCAAGCCACAAAAAUUCAUGCAGCACUGCUUGCUAGCCCUGGAAUAGGGCACCUGGUCCCUGUACUCGAACUAGGCAAACGCCUUGUAGCUCAGCUUGACUUUCAGGUAACCAUCUUCGUUGUGGGAGCUGAGGCCUCAGUUCUUGAGUCUCAGCUUCAAAGCUUCCCCAAUCCGAAUAUCUUCAACGUUGUCUCUCUUCCGCCUGUGGAUAUCUCAGGCCUUGUUGACCCAAAUACAUCAAUAGUAACAAAAAUUAUCGUUAUGAUGCGUGAGACCAUACCAUCGCUGAGAUCAGAAAUCUUUUCAUUGAAGCUUCGUCCCACGGUUCUCAUUGUAGACUUAUUUGGAACAGAAGCUCUACCGUUGGCCGAUGAGUUUAAUAUGUUAAAGUAUGUGUUGAUUGCUUCUAAUGCUUGGUUUCUUGCUGCAACAAUAUAUUUUCCUACUGUUGAUGGGAAGGAGGAAGAUGAGCACAUGCUCCAGCAAAAGCCGUUGAUGAUUUCAGGCUGCAAACCAGUGCGUUAUGAGGAUACCCUGGAAGCCUUUCUAGACAAAAACGAUGAGUUGUAUGCGGAGUAUUUACGUAUUGGGCUUGAAAUACCGACGGCUGACGGGAUUUUAGUCAACACCUGGGAAGACUUGGAGGCCGAAACACUUGCAAGCUUGAGAGAUGACAAGCUGUUAGGCCGAGUCACCAGGCUUCCGAUUUAUACAAUUGGUCCAUUAGUGAGAGAGAUGAAGUCUCCAGAUUUGGAGAGUCCUGUAUUGAAUUGGCUAGAUAAACAACCAGCUGAAUCAGUGAUUUAUGUGUCAUUCGGAAGUGGAGGUACUUUAUCAGCCAAACAAAUAGCCGAGCUGGCAUGGGGCUUGGAGCUAAGCAAGCAAAGAUUCAUCUGGGUGAUACGCCCGCCGGUAGAAAACGACGUAACGGCGGCGUAUUUCAGUGUAGGAAAAGAAUCAGAUGGCACCCCGAAUUAUUUGCCUGAAGGGUUCUUGACAAGAAACUCAAAACUAGGAUUAGUAAUCCCAGACUGGGCUCCGCAAGCAGAGAUCUUAAGGCAUCCAUCGGUUGGUGGAAUUUUAUCGCACUGUGGGUGGAAUUCAACGACGGAGAGUAUAGUGAAUGGGGUGCCGAUGGUUGCUUGGCCACUUUACGCAGAGCAAAAGAUGAAUGCUACGAUGCUGACAGAAGAUAUUGGGGUGGCUAUAAGGUCUAAGAAGUUGCCGUGUGAGAGAACAGUGGAGAGAAAGGAGAUUGAGAUGCUGGUGAGAGGUGUUAUGGUGGAGAAAGAAGGAGAUAAAAUAAGAAGCAGAGUUAAGGAACUGAAAUCCAGCGCCGAAAAGGCCUUGAGUAGAGGCGGUUCCUCCUACAAUUCACUGUCACGAGUUGCUGAAGACUGCGAGAAAAGCUUGCAAGGCCUCGUAGAAAAGGCCUAUGGUGCAUGAAGCAUUGCAAGAAAUUCAUUAACUACAUGUGUUGCGUUGAAACUUGAAUGAUAAUUUGCUCUUAUGCAGACUUUUAUGUUAUAUAUUCUGUCGUUUGUAAUCGGGAAUAAGGAAAUGCAUUAACCUUCAUGAAUAAAAGAUGAUAGCUUGACUC